AUGAAACGGCCGGCAGCCAAGAAACCACGCCACGCAGGUGACGAGGGCCGUCAGACAGUUUGGACCGACGACGAGUUCGAUCUUCAAUCCUUCCUGGCGAGUCUUCUGUCAGACGCCGGACUGGAGCAGAGUCAGACCGACGGUGGCCUGAGACGUCAGACGCCUCUGAUGAUGGCAGGCGGCUGCGAUGGCACCGGUCUGCCUCACUAUGUUGUCUCCAAGAUGCUGAAGAAGGGUGAGGUUGCGUCUGUAUGCGCGUCAGAAAUGAAGCAGGCGCCGGCGAUGUUCAUGCUUCGUCAGACUGAGACGUUCGACGUUGACCACAUCUUCAAGGACAUCAAGUACAGCGUCAGAGGUUCCGGGCCGUGCUGGGUGCACAACCGCUGCUGCAAGUUGUCAGACCCGAGCAUGCAGAACCUGGACUUAUUUGUGUCCGGUUUCUCCUGCAAGCUGAACAGCAGGUCCAACUCAGAACGUUACACGUCAGACCCCAUCGACCUGAACAAGCCAGAGUGUCAGACUUUCGUUGAAAGUCUUGCGUUCGUGAAGAAACACCGGCCGAAGUUCUACGUCCUGGAGAAUGUUUUGGGCGCCUUGCAGCCUCGCAUAAAGGGUGGACGUCAGACCCCCUUGAUGUGGUACGAAGAAGCUCUCCAGUCAGACUUGCCGGACUACACGCAUGCUGCGAUGGUUGUCGAUGCCUUGCCUCAGUCAGAGAGUCGUGCACGUGUUGUCCUGUUGGGCUCGUCAGACAGCAACUUCGUUGCGUCAGAUUGGGUUCGCGAGGUGAGCAUUCUCAGCGAGAUGUGCAGCCAAAUGCCACGCCAUUCUGCUGCUGCUUUCUCGUGGUCUGACAAGGGCCCAGUGUCGAAAGCACGGUCAGUCAUGGAGGACGACACUGAGAAGGCCGUGAAAGCCAAACGCAUACCGUCAGAUGUGAAGCCGCCCCCGGUGAAAAGGAGAGCCAGCAGUGGCACAGAAAUGGGCGCUUGGCACCGGGCACAGGUCGAUGUGUAUGAGAUGAUGCUGCAGUCGGCCGGGCUUGGGACGUCAGACCCUCUGGCAGACUUGAGUCAGACAGUGGACCGGGGCCACUACAGGUCAGACGGAGGACUGGCCACGUUGACAACCGGUUGCCUUUGGUACAACUAUCAGAAGAAGGGCUUCAUGGACAAGGCAGACAUGGUCCGUGGCUUGGGCCUCAACCCGGCUGAGGUGGAUUACUCGUGUCACACAUUGUCGGAGCUCCGCGAGAUGCUGGGCAACGGCAUGCGUGCUGCCAUGCUUGUGAAGGUCUGCCUCCCGAUCUUGACAUAUCUGAAGUAUUUCAAUUUUGUCCCAGGACAUCCUCGUUAG